AUGGUGGCCAACGUUGUAAAUGACGGUGCCGUCAUUCUCAAGCGCCAGAAGGCACGAACUCGAAAGUUUUCGGAUGUGCGCGGGAUUGUAGUCAUGUUCAUUGAGGCUAAGCGCUUGAAGCAUGACAUGACUCCUGGAGAGCGGUAUGGGCAGCUGGCGGGUGAGGCCCUUUGGACGGCGCAGCACAACCUUGAAGGCGUAGGGAGCGGAGACCAAGAGGUCUUCGGGGUGGUAAAAACUCACAGAAAUGCGCACAUCUUUCACGGCGUCUUCAAAGAAUCAUACCUGCGGAAUGCUCCCAGCGCAUUGUCACCGAAUGAUUCUGCCACACUCAAAAUCAGCCGCAGUUUCGAUUUGGCCAAUACCGGGGAGAGGCUGGAGUUCGUUGCCCAGUUGCUGGGCGUUCUCCACUACGUGAAAUCCGGGAAUUCCUUCGUCGGAAAAAUGAGGGGUGCCGGCCUACCCGUGAGAAUAUAA